AGUCAAUUAUAUUACAGAACGAGGGAUCUCAGAAGCCUAUCGUGGAGCAGGAGGUGGAAUUUGGCGGAAUGUGGUUGGGGAAAAAAGAACUAGCUGACGGUUUUUAUUUUUUGUGGGGGGUUUUUACCCAUUCUUCUCCAGUUUAAAAGGAUUUUCCUCUUCCCCGGACCUGGUGGUGAGCAGAAAGCAGCGCCGCGUCUCCGUCCUUCUCUCAUGUCCAUCCACUGCGUUUCCCGAUCCAUCAGCAUCCUCUCUUCCUCCCCUCACCUUCUUCGACCCCCGCCGCACCCCUGCACCCACCAUCUCUGUCCCCCUGAUGCGCAGGACCGAGAAUCAGCCUCAUGACUGCGUGGAUCAUACUGCCCGUCAGCCUAGCCGCCUUCUCCAUCACAGGGAUAUGGAUAGUGUAUGCCAUGGCCGUGACAAACCACCACGUUUGUCCCGUGGAGAACUGGUCGUACAAUGAGACGUGUUCAGAGCAAAAGGCUGAACCAGGCUUCCCCAAAACCUGCUGCACCAUCCAGGACAUCCCACUCAUUAGUAAAUGCGGAUCAUAUCCUCCAGAGAGCUGUCUGUUCAGCCUCAUUGGCAAUGUGGGAGCGCUUAUGGUGGUGAUGGUGUGUCUGCUGCGCUACGCUCAGAUCAUCGAGCACAGUCAUCACUGCUGGACCAACACGAGUGGCCUGGUGACCGGCUUCACCAACGCUGUGGGACUUGUCAUGGUGGGAAACUUCCAGGUGGACCACGCUAAGACUCUGCACUAUGUGGGUGCAGGCGUGGCCUUUCCCGCCGGCAUACUGUUUGUGUGUCUGCAGUGUGUGCUGACGUACCGCGUCGCCGUCACUCCUCUCGAUUACCUGAUGGCCCACGUGAGGGUGGCUCUCUCCAGCGUCUCUCUGAUCGCCCUCAUCCUCAGCGGUGCGUUCUUCAUCCACGAGAGCUUCUUCCUGCAGCACGCCGCUGCCAUCUGUGAGUGGGUCUUUACCGUCCUCAUUCUUGUCUUCUACGGCACGUUCACCUACGAGUUCGGCUCCGUCACCAGAGAAACCCUGAUGGCUGGACUGCAGAGGAACCUCCCCCUUGGGGGCGGAGUUUCCAGGGAGCUGAAGACUCCGGGCAGGAGCAGCACCACGUCUACACAACUGAACUGCAUGCCUGAGAACAUAGCUAUGCUUUAACACACACACAUACACGCACACACACUCACAGCUGCUGCUGCCUUGAACUAAGUCCCAGAAUUCUCUGCACUGCACUGCUUAGUGCUUUUUUUUACCCAAUAAAAAAAAAAAAACACUAUGAUUGACAGGCGUAAUACUAAGCAGUGGCCUGGAAGCCCCACCCCCUUCCUCAAUCCCACAUUAGUUCAUCUCACAUCCAGAUUUUUUUUUUUUCAGGGAACUCACCAGAACAAGUAAGGGAGAAAAUCAACACGUCAACUUAACAUUACACAUGUUUACAGUUCAUAUCAGUUGACAAUUUUUUUGUAAGAGUGCUAGAAUAAAAUUUCAGCCUCCGACACAUCGCAAUGAAAACUUUGACACAUUUCAGCUGAAUAUUUUCAGUGCGUCCAUGAUGAAUGAGUGUAAACUGAUUUUCACUGUGUUUGUCAGCACUUGUGGUAUCUUUCCACGGUGACAUCAAAGUCUGUUAGAGCGGCAAUCUGUAAAAGAGCGAUAUAAAAACCCCUCUUUAUUCUCCACUUUAAUUAGAACAGUGAUGGUGUGGCCUAACUAAGGCUCUGCCCUUAAAUUUAUGGAUCAAAUUGAAUGCCAUGUAAGUCCUAAGCAGUGCAGUGCAAGUCACAAUCAUGCCACACUCCACUGUUCAUGCUUGUCCUUUGUUCUCUUCUCCUGAUUUGCCCUCAGCGCUCCACACAGGAAAGAUUCGUGAGUCAAAUAGGAAACAUGGCUCAUGUUGCUCAGCGUAGCUGCUGUUGCUGGUGGUUUGUCUGUCGGUGAUUGGAUUGAUGCGUGUUUCCUGUCUCUCUUUUUUUUUUCUUUUUUUUUUUGCGCACAAGGGCCGUUCUUUCUGUAGUGGCCUGGUGCUGCUUGCUGCUGUCUGGAAAACUUUGCACAUCAUGCAUGAACCAUGUUCUGUUUUUCAAUUAAGGUGCGUCAUAUACCGAAGUGUAGAAAUUUACAAACUCUAUCAUGUACUGAUGAUAAUCCAGUAGUUGCACAACCCGAUAAAAUCACUGAUGGUUAGUAAUCACUGCCUUAUAGAGACAAUACUAUUUAUGCCUGUUUUUUUAAUAUAUAUAUAUUGUAUAUCAUAAGUUUUGUUAUUGUUAUGCCUGUGUGAUUUUGUUAAAACAUAUCAGUUUUUUUUUCAUCUCUGUAUUAUCGAUCAUACUCGUGUCAUCUUCCACAAGACAUCCAUCAUAAAUUACCCAUGAGGCCUCUUUCUGUCUUUAGCCAAUGAUCUAUUAUGUUUGAAACAUUUCAUUCUGUUGCCAUAUUUGUGUUCAGUCUGCCAAAGCCGUCACCAUAACAACGUCGAACGAAAUUACCGCUAGCAAACGUAGUGUACAGCCGUGCUUUUGCGAACCGCUCUACAUAUGACUGAACAGUAAAUCCGUGUCUUGGCGUCCAGGCUGGAUCCUGGGAUUCCGUGUUUACCGGGAAGCUGUUUGUGGCCUUAAUCUUCUGUUCGUGUCGCUUCAGAAACCAAAGUGGGUUUGAUCGUUCUCUCUGUCAUGUUCUGUCACCACACCGUCUCCAGGGCCUCUGAGGGCUCCCGCUGUCGGACCUCCUGAAGCUUCCGGUCCGAUGAUGGGACUCCAAUUAACGUGUUUACAUUCUUGGUGUAGAGAGGAUCAUCUGUGUGGCCUCAGCUAGAGCUGAGUGAGAACGAUGUACUGAUAAUUAGCGUUAUAAUCAUUAAGAUUGCGUUUCUUUAAUUGCUUCUCGGGAACUGUUGACCUCCGUCUAUCCAUUUUGACAUUGGAGACUCCUUCCAUAAACUUUAGUCUCUUUACACAAAACCAAUACCAACGAUCCCAUUUUUGGAGCGUCAAAAAGUACACAUCCCUGUGAUUGCACUGUUGCUGUAGAUACGGACAUUACAAAUAGAAUUCUGCACUACAGUCAGAGCUGCAGUUAUAGAAAAUUAAACAGCUUCUGACCAAUCAGUGUCAAGUACAGGGCGGCAAGCCUUGAUGCGUACGACUGGCCAGUGCCAGUUUCAGCUGCUUUCAUGACCUCGCAUUUGGCAUCGUGUGGCCAGUUCGAGAAGACCAGCAUUGAGGAAGAUCUUAACAGAAGGAAAAGACAUUUUGGGUUCUUUUAUUUCUGUGGUCCGGCUCUGGAGGACAAGUCUGUUGUCUGUCUGCUCCACAGCGUAUGCAGCCACUGAUUUGUGUGACCGCCCCAAGAUUGUGGUUUCAUUUGUUUCUUGUGGUUUUAUGCGUCCAAACUUUGUUUCUUGUGGUUUUACCGUCCAGGUUGGUAAACACCUUUUUAAUGAUUGAGUAAUAGAGUUGUGAUGAGUUGCUUCCAGCGUUCAAGUAACUGAAGUCUGACGCUUUUCAAUUGAAUUAUUUCCUUUUUUUAAAACAAAACAAGCUGCCACUUGUGUUCGUAUGUCUGCCAGACAAUCAUUCUACACACAGUAGAGUUCUUCACAGCUGAUAGCCUGCCAACUUUUUUUUUAAGGCCCAGACAUUUCAGUCAUCUCAGUCAUGCUCACUUUUUUUUUUUUUUCCAGCCUGUUACACAGUUUCUGAUGUAUUUCAACGUGUAUUUUUUUUAUCAGCAAAAUCUCUUCAGAAAAAUAAGAUUUAGGAUAAAAGUAUCAAAAUUCCAAAUCUGAAAUAUAAACCGGUGCAGAAAGUAUUUUUUAUUUUAUAAAUCACUUUGUGUAUAAAAAAAAGAGAAAAAGGGGGGAGAAAAAAAGAAUUUCUGUAUUGUUUUGAUUUCUUCUUUGAUAAGAUAUUUCUAUUCGAUUACAAUCUGAAUGAUGAAUAAAUAUAUAUAUAUA